UAGUUGCAAGAUGUAAAAUCAGACAGCUGAGAGGUAUCGUUGUUGUAAAUCUUUCUUCUUUUUUUUUCUUUUUUUUCCUUCAGAUAAUGUGCCAAGAGAGAGACACCAAUGAAAGGGAAAGGGUAGGUUAGAGAGAGAUCAAUGAAAGGGAAAGGGUCGGUUAGAGAGAGAAGAUGAGUUGGAUGGAGGAGGAAAUAGUGAUUGUGGGAGGAGGAAUCAUAGGCCUCGCCACCGCCCUCGGCCUUCACCGGCAUGGAGUGAAGAGCCUGGUUUUAGAGAGAGGAGAGUUGUUGAGGUCAGAAGGGGCAGCACUGGCAAUGUGGACCAACGGUUGGCGUGCCCUUGAUGCUCUUGGUGUUGGUGACACACUUCGACUCAAAUCAAUACCGAUACAGACAUUGACAGACGUUUGGUUUGAAGAAGGUCGACAACGAUCAAUGCCUAGUGGGAGAGAUGAGGUACGUUGUCUGAAAAGGAGUGACCUCAUGGAAACCCUAGGAGAAUCAUUGCCACCUGAAACCAUCCGUUUCAAUUGCAAAGUUGUUGGGGUUACAAUCUCUCCAUUUUCUCAUUCAGCUGUUCAUCUUGAGAAUGGGACCACAAUCUCAGCUAAGGUUGUACUAGGCUGUGAUGGAGUUAACUCAGCCGUUGCAAAGUCAUUAGGAUUGAGAACUCCAAACUUUGAUUCCUUUGCUGGUAUAAGGGGAUUCACAAGUUACUCAGGCAAGGGGCAUUGCAUUGGGAAUCAAAUAAUCCGUCUUAAGAAUGAUGGUAUCGUUGUUGGAAGGCUGCCAGUCGACCAUAACUUGGUACAUUGGUUCAUAAGCAGGGCAUGGGUUCCUCAAGAUUGCGAGAUUUCAAAGGAGCCCAAACUCAUCAAGGAGGCAGCACUCGGAGCCAUUUCCAAAUUUCCAGACGAGAUAACCGAAAUGGUUAAAAGUUGUGACCAAAGUUGUUUGAGCCUCACACAAUAUCGGCCUCGGCCCCCAUGGGAACUCUUGGUAAGGACAUUGCACAAACACUCAGUAACCUUAGCUGGAGACGCAAUGCAUGCUAUGGGACCAUACACUGGUCAAGGAUGUGCGGUAGGGCUCGAAGACUCUGUCGUGCUAGGACGGUGCCUAGGGUUAGCCAUGCGUGGGUGCCACGAGGAGAGCGAGGAUCAAACUAGGGUUAGGAUCAGCAUGGCUCUAGAGAGAUAUGUAAAGGAAAGGAAGAUGAGAGUUAUAAGGAUGGCUAGCCAGACCUAUUUAGUGGGCUUGCUAGCAAAGCCCUCCUUUCCUCCAUUGAAGCUGGUUGUACUUGUUGUUUUGUUGCUUUUCUUUGGGGGUUUGCAAGGGGGCACUCAGUAUGAUUGUGGUACUCUACUCAGCCCAAAAAGUUAAUCGUGGCAAUCUCUUGGCAUCAUCUCAGAGGUUUUAGGUUCAAUCGUGUUUUGUAUCUUUUAUUUUUCUUUUGGAUGAGCUUGGGUGUGGCAUAAGACUUGUUUUAGACUUGCUUCAUGUACAAGAAAAGAAAGAAGAAUGGGAAUUGGAAUUCAAAUGAUGAGCUGAGAAUGUCAAAUACAAU